UCCAAGCUUAUCGUAUUGAAUUCGUGCAGCUUUUGAUACAUACAGAUAAGAUACGCUUGUUCGACGUAGAUGGUUAUAAACAUGCAACUUUCAGCAGAAGAGGCGGAUAGCAGUGCAGAAGGCGCGCCCAAUAAACUACGUCUGUGAGCCAUGGAACCGAGGAAGUACGGUAUUUGGCGGUUGUCCAACGUUGUAACUGCAGUGUUUUUCAUACUCGCCGCUCUCGUUCAGCUAAAUGACCCUGAUGCUCCAGUGUGGUUUGUGAGUAAAACGAGAGGCCAGGGAGACGUCGGCGCGGGGAGGUUGCAAAAUCGACUCUGGUGGCCUGAGAGCCGCAACUGCCAACUUCUCGCGCACCCGACAUCGCCGUGCAGCCCAUGGACCUGGACCAAUCAAGAAGCGACCAACCAGAUAUCUGCACCGAGUGGUUUGGGAGGAGCAGAACGCCGAGGACGCCGAGCAUAUCAGGCCGCAUAUGCUGGUCCAGCUACACUGAGUGCCUGGGAAGCUUGGGACGCUCAUGCUCACAACCGUAGACGGCGUUUUAUGGCAGCGGGAUUUGGUGUGUUCGCAGCAGCACUGGCCUUGCAGAGCAUAUGGCUUGCGUGGCAGCUUCCUGGAUGUCGCUCCGUCAUAGGAUGCGAGGAGUCCCGCGAAGCCCUCGGCGCUUCCAUGGUGUCUUCUUGGAUGUGGCUUCUCUGGAGGCACGGUGGGGAGUCGGUGCACAAGAGCCCGUGGUGCCUGGUGGUUAGCCUCUUGCCCCUCAUAUUGUGGGCUACACUCAUAAUAGCUGAUGUGCGAGCAUUUCUUUGUAUACCACUUACAUAGUGUCUGUCAUCAGACGUGAGGAGAGGUGUGUGUACAGUUUCAUCGGUACCCAGUUUACGAGAGCUGACGUAGAAGCACUUAGCUGGCUAUUGUGAUAACAUCGCGAAAUAAAACAAUGUAUGACAGCGAAAUAAAUUACUAUAAUAUCGUA